AUGCGACGUCUCAUCUUGUAUCGUCGGGAAUUGUGUGGGCGUGAAGCAUGUGUCUCCUUGCGGCGAUUUUUGCGCAGGAGAGGAACACCCAAGAAGGAGGAGGUUGAAUCCGUUGAUUCGGUGGAUGUUCCUUCUCUGCGUGUUGGGGGCAUGAUGGCGGCACCUGACACUUCUUUAGAUGAUAUCCGCACAGAAAUCCUUCGUAUGCGUUCAGAGCAUGUGAGACGCGAAGAGAAGCUAAAUGAGAACGCGGCUUCUUCAGUCAAGGAAGGGUCGACUAUGAACGAUGCCUGGAACGACGAUAUCGAGAAGCUCCGUUCCAACGAAAUGUAUGUUAAGGGGCAUGAUGUCCUUGAGCGUGUUAAGGCGAAGGAUCGUGCAGUUCGAAAGCAACUUUUUCUAGAUGCCGAAGAAGUCCUGAGAAAAUCGAAUAAGGAAGACACGCUUCGGUAUCUGCAGUUGGUGUAUGGGCGUAUUGGAUCAUACCAUCGUGAAGAAGUGAUGGAAAGCGUAAAGGCAUUGGUACAGUUAGUUGAAGAGGAGACACAAAAAAUAAAAGGGAGAAUCCAAGAGAAUCUUAUAGACAGAGACCCCUUGGCGGAAUUGGAUGCCGCCAUCUCCUCCGACGAAGUAAAACAGAUGGCGUGGGUAAAUGCGUUGACAAAUAUUUCGGAUGAAGAUUUAAAAAAGCUGUGGAAAUGGGGCAUACUUGAUUUUGACACGAUCGAAUCGCUGGCUUGUAUGGACAUGGAUAACGAAACCCGUGUGGUGGAUAUGAACUUGCAAGAGAACAGUGAAACAGAGAAAUUCUUUGUAAGUACCACAGGUCAACGUCAAAUAGAAGGCGAAGACGACAGUUUAUUGGAUCCAACGAUCCCUCAACUCUCCAUUGCAGAAAACACUGAGGCGCUUCAGAAUGUCGGUGAAAUACCCGAGUUUACGGCAACACUUUACGAGAGUCUUUUUCUGGGAUUUCCCAAUAUUGACUUAGCACCUGUCAUACAAAAAGUUCAAGAAAAACGGUAUGAGAGCAUCUCAGAAAGCGAG